AUGUAAACAAGAAGCUAGUGCAUCAGCGGCCCUGGAGAUAACGCUCUGGUAAAUCACCUGCCUCCUGCCCUCCUGCGACCUGGCAUCUUAUUUCCUGCCUAAUUUCCAUCUGGUCUCCUAUUUUCUGGAUAAUUUUGACCUGGUCGUAUAUAUCCUGGUCCCUGGUCUCCUGUGUCCUGGCAUCCUCGGACAUAAUUCCCUGGUAUCUAUCUCAGGGAAAAGCCUAGUCCCCUACGACCUGGCCUUCUGGGUGACGGGACUUCUAACUUGCAAUCUGAUCUAAACUCUAGCAUGUAAUCUGGUCUCUAUGUCCUGGCCACCCAACACCCUGAUGCUCUGGUCUGUAUGGUAGACUGUGACCAGGUCUCCUUCAUCCUGGCCUCCAUCCUGGUCAAAGUUUUAGAUCUCGUGCAAAGGGUUUAAAUCUUGGCCUCGUGUGACCUUGUCUCCUGUAUUCUUGCCUGCAACCUGACAUGCUAUUCACACCAUCUCCUCUAAACAGGAAUGUCUGGAGCAGGGCCUGAAGCAGCUGCUGUCCAAGUUCUGACCAGGGCUGUACAGCUUGACAAUGAAAAAAAGUUUGCCGAGGCACUGGCGUGUUACGAACAAGGAAUAAGACUAUUGCUACAGGCAGCCAAAGAGGUACAGGAUGACAGUAAACGCACCCACUUCCGAAAAAAGACAGAGGAGUAUUUGUCUCGAGCUGAGGCAAUGAAGGAGGCAGCAGACAAACAACGCACCAUUGGACGCAAUCAUAAACAGAUCCAGAUAGAUGCUGGGGCAAUUGGUUAUAGCUACGAGGCCAUAUUUGGACCACUAAUUGACAAAACUCUCUCAUGUGUUGUUGUGGAGGAUGCUUACAUACGCUCUACUCAUCAGAUUUAUAAUUUCCUCCAGUUUUGUGAGCUGUUGGUUCAUAAAGCCGAGUGUCUGAAGUCUAUUACCCUCCAGACGACACGUGACCCAGCAGAUCACAAAACGCAACAUUCUCGGCUGGAGGAAAUCCGACAAUCACUUUGGAAGCACAACAUUACGCUAACUGUUGAGUAUUCUGACACAAUUCAUGACAGAGAAAUCAGGUUUGACAGUGGAUGGAUCAUCAAGAUAGGCAGAGGCCUAGACUAUUUCAAGAAGGCUGAGGGUCGCUUCUCCCUCGGUUGGUCAGAUUACCACUUCCGUCAGUGUCACCAAACAACUAUAGACAUAUUUCACCAACAAUCAGUAAAGUGAGGAAGGUUUUUUAUCUUAAAACUGAGUAGUUACAUCUCUGAAGCACAUGUCCAGACACAGUAAAACUGUUGUACAUUUUAUCUUUACGUCUUUCACAAACUGACAAACAGAAUACAGUAUACCAUUAAAAAUCUGGUUUAAUUAUUAUUAAAUAUAAUGCACUGCUCGAUGACUGCUUAUUAGUGUAGGCUGAAAAUGUGUAUUAAAUUGUAUACAGUAUAUUACAGAAAAGGAUUAACAAAUCAAUUUCUUUCUUGUAGUUUGUGUAAUCGUAAAAGGAAACUGCAAUAGUGAAAGCUCUAAUAGAGUAUUUCUUGUAAUUAUAUUGUAUUUAUGAAGCUACGAAGGAAUAGACUAUUUUUAUCUACGUUUUCUACUGUGUAAUAAUUGUAAAUUUAAGAAAUAGGAAAAUGCAUGCUUCAAGUGUACUGUACUUGAAUUUUCACUAAUGUUUACUGUACUGUGAUAUACAUAGUUUAAAAUUUUUUAUUGUGAAUAAAUAUUGAGGCUGUACGAUAGAAUUGAACCCAUCCCCCCCCCCCCCCCCCCUCCCCUUAAUCACCUCGGCCACACACACCACCGACGUGCCCGAGGUGAUCAGGGAUGCGGGUUACCUUCUUUCGUAUAGCCUAAAUAUUUCUUCAUAGAUUCAUCACGUUAUUAUGAUUUUCAUUGUGCAGUUCUUGAUAUGCAUAAAACAUUCUUGCUAUUAAUUUCUACUACUUGGAGAAAUUACAUGUGCAGUGUUAUAAAAACAUGCAGGGCUAGUCUUUCAUUUACUAUGAUAUUGUACCCCAGAGAUCCAAGUUUAUUUUUUUAUAACCAAUUUUUGGUUACCUGGUUUUUUGGUUUGGUUACUAUGUUCGAGUUGCAAAAGGUUUCAUGGAUAAUGUCACUUGCAAGCGAGACACUACUGCUGGGACUUGCUUGAUCUAUGCAGUUUUCUAUGUUGUCUCUUACUGUAAUAUGUAUUUGAAUAAGGUGGCCCAAGAACUGUAUUAUAGAGUGUAUCAGCUGUGGGGAUGAGUUUGGCUUACCAAGGACCAGAGUCAGACUCUGGCCUACCCUCACAGAGGCACAGAGAGCAGGUGACACACUGCCACCUCACCGGGAAAGUCGGCAGACCACUGCAGGGUUCAGAGAACUGCACAGCUGUGCUAUGAGCUCUUGCUGCAUAAGCCAACUGUGGUCGCUCCAGCAGUACUGAAGCUCUCACAGCCAGGAGGGAUGCAGAUGAUUUUUUUGGACUUUCCCGGUAAGAAUUCAUACUUACCUAGAUAUCUGGAUGAAUCUGGUGAGAAGUGGGCUUUAUAUAAUCCAGAUAAACAAGAGUAGACAGUAUGCAGAUGAUGAGUCACAAUAAUGUGCCUGAAGAUAUGAUGACCAAACCACAAUGAUAUGCUGAUAAAGAUAAAGAAACAUUGUCGUUUCUUCAUCUUCUGGUGUGUGGUUUGGUCAUUAGUAGACAGUAUAUAUAAAAUAAAAAGUAGAAGGUUGGCAGUGUUAGCAAAAUGUUUUAAGUUUUUUUGUUUUCUAAAUAUUUUGUUUACAAUAUUUAUAUUUUAUACUACAUUCAUGUGAUUAUUAGUGCCUUAAGAUAACACAUUUUCAUCAAUAUGUUACAAGCAAGAGUUUAUAAAGUGUUUGAGAGUUACUCAUAGCUUAGGUGACCUUCCACACGUGCGGUAAAGUCGCCUCAUCACUGAAGAAGAUUUUAUACAAUAAACCUUCGUUAUUGAUUUGA